CAUAACUCCACGGGCACGGUGCACAACUUCGUCGAGCACAGCCAAGCAGGGGCAGACGCAUACAACUCGUCGAGCACAGCCAGCAGGGCAGAUGCACACAACUCGUCGAGCACGGCCAGCAGGGCAGACGCACACAACUCGUCGAGCACAGCCAGCAAGGCAGACGCACACAACUCGUCGAGCACAGCCAGCAAGGGCAGACGCACACAACUCGUCGAGCACGGCCAGCAGGGCAGACGCACACAACUCGUCGAGCGCAGCCAGCAGGGCAGACGCACACAACUCGUCGAGCACGGCCAGCAGGGCAGACGCACACAACUCGUCGAGCACAGCCAGCAGGGCAGACGCACACAGCUCUUCUAA